AUGGCAGCACCUUAUGCAAGAAAGCUCUCAAGCUGUUUGCAGCCUGCAAAUGAGUUCCAUGCCAGCUCCAGUUGGCUGGUCCACUUCAAGCGCAGCUUCAGCUUGAAGAACAUUGGUACCAGUGAUGAAGCUGCAUAUGUGGACCAGGAAGCUGCCCAAGGAUACCCUCACCAGCUGAAGAGACAAAAGUGCCAGCUGCCCAUCACCAUGUUCCCCCUGCAAGACACCAUCAGCCCCACCAUCAGCAGCAAGUGA